CGUGGCUUGGUUCUUGGUCGAGCUUCUUUUACAGCUGCGCUGGAUUGAAUUCCAUGCUCCAUUGUGCAUCUUCGCUUCGGAACAGCAAUUAAACAGAAACUCGGAUUCGGAGCCGAGACGACGUUCAGCGUCACGAUAAGCAACUGGCUUGUGUUUUUCUUGCUCCUCAUUCUUGUGUCGACAUCGUGCGGAGAUCGACUCGAACAAAAUCAAAAAAUUCAUAUUCAAAAUGGUUUUGCAACAAUUAUCAUCGCGAUGGGCGACUCUGAUCGUUCUGCUAUGGGCAACAGUCGCCCACGCCCACACCGUUAUCACCUAUCCCGGCUAUCGAGGGAAUAAUCUGCAGACCAACGGUACCGUCGCAGAAGCCAACGGACUCGGUGUCGCAUACAAUUCGAAAAAUGAUUCCCUUUACUACCCCUACGGCAUGGAAUGGAUUUACCCCUGUGGUGGCAUGCCAACCUCUACGAACCGCACCUACUGGCCCGUCGGUGGCGGUGCUCUCGCUCUUCAGCCUGGCUGGUUCCCGGGCCAUUCGACGGCCUUGAUCUACGUCAACAUUGGUCUCGGUGAGGUCCCCGAGAACAUGAGCCACCCGGUUGUGUCGCCGUUCCAGAUCACCGGUCCCACGAACAAUCCCUACCCAGGAACGAUUUGUCUGCCGCAGGUGCCUCUGCCUGCUAAUAUCAGUGUCAAGGCCGGUGACAAGGCUACGAUUCAAGUGGUGGAGACUGCGAAGCACGGCGCUGCAUUGUAUAAUUGCGUCGACAUUAUCUUCGCCGACAACGGAGACUCCAAGAUCGCCGAAGUCAACGCUGAUAAUUGCUUCAACUCUAGCGAUAUCAGCUUCCAGUACGUGUACACGACCUCGGGCAUUGGGUCUGGCGCAGCGAUGCUGCAACCCCCACGACAGGUGUGGCUUGCAGUUGUGCCAGUUCUACUAGUGGCUGCGUUUUUGUAGAGAUUUCGCUUCUGAUGUGAUGCAUUUACGUGCGCUUGUUGCUUUUUUGCCUUUUGAACAUACCCUAUUUUGUCACUGGAAUGAUUGCUGCGAUAAAAUUUUGAAUUGACAACUUGAUAUGCUGCUCCGUCGUUGGAGAUUGAUCAUAUUUUGGAUGCUUGCACGUUGCGCUUACUCUAAGGGGAUCUUGGAAUUUGGUGGUGUUUUGGGUGACUAGUAUUAUUGUUUCAUAUGAAGAUCAAAGGUUUUCUUGUUAUAUUUAUCGCUUGACCGGAGGAAAAUUAGGCAUGCCAAAG